AUGGAUGAAAAUAAUAAAUAUCGAGUAAAUAAAAUAUUCGAUUUGGAAACCCCAACCACUACUAUAUUAACAAAUGAUAUGCUACCAGAAUUCAUAAAUCUAGAAUUGCUGAGGAAAAUAGAGGAAAUUUUUAUUUUAAAUUGCCCGCUAUCUGAAAUAUAUAAUAAUUUAAAUGUUUAUGAAAAAGCCAAAGAACAUUAUUUAAAAAAUAAUAUAAAAGGAAAAAAUAGUUACUUACAUAACUUUUGCGAUUUUAAGAAUAGUUAUAGAUAUAUGAAUAUACGAAAUGUUUUAGCAAAUAAUUUUAAUUUAAAUAUUAACAAAUUUAUAACAUUAAAAGAUAGUAAUAGUAAUUCAACUUUUUCAAUUGAUGAUUUUAUAAAAUGUAUUGAAAUUUUUGAACCAAAUAUUUUAUGUAUUCCAACUGAAGAAAUAAAAAUAAAUGAGCAAGUAGGCAAAAAAAAAAAAAUCAGAAUUGUAACCAUAAUGAAUGAUUUUUUAGAAAAAAUAAAAAUAAUAAAGGAAAAAAAUAAUGGUAAUGAUGGGGCUUUAUGUAUUUUAUCAGUCCCAUCUACUAUUAAUAUAAAUAAUGCAAUAAAAGAAACGAUAGAUAAAUAUGAUUCGAUUAUUAAUGGCUAUUUGUUGAGUGGUAUAGGUUAUGAUGAAUCAAACCAAGUGAGAACUAGCUAUAUUAAAGAUAUAUUAGAAGUAAUUCCAGAAAAUAAAUUAAAAUUUAUACAAUUAUCGAAUGGAAAUCCAAUUGAAAUUUUACACAGUAUAUAUUAUGGAAUAGAUAUUAUAGAAUCAAAUUUCCCUUAUUAUUUAGCAAGGAAUGGAAAAGCUAUAACUAUGGAUAUAAAUUUAAAAGAUAUAAAUUAUGAACAAUCUAAAUCGUUUGAUAUUAAUCUUAUUAAUUUUGAAGACAAAAAAAUAAAUGAUACUUUUAUUAUAGAUUUAAAUGAUUCAAAAUAUGCAUUAGAUUAUUCUAUUAUAUCAAAUAAUUCACCAAGAAAAGAAACUAAAUCAUAUAUACAUCACUUAUUAAAAUGCAAAGAAUUAACAGCUAAUGUAAUUAUAUCAUAUCAUAAUCUUUAUAUAUAUAAAUUGUUUUUUCAAGAAAUUAAAUCACAAAUAAAAAAUAAUACAUUUUUGACUUACAUUAACACAUUCAUACAACACCAUAAACUGUAUAUGUAA